UCAGCGAAUGCGUAUCGCCUCGCGAAGAAAGACAUAUAGACGACGAAUCUAUAGCGACCUCGUAAACGCGACCAAUUUUUUUACCUUCGUUGACGUUUUCUGGUGAAUUAGUUUUCUUUUUCCAUCGUUUUCAAGCAGUGCUUUUAGUAAUAGAGACAAACAAGAGGAGAAAAUCGCCGAGUGCUCGGGGAGGAAAAUGAACAGGUGUUUUCCGCGCUGGGAUCGGAUUCAAUUGGUAAUCGACCUUCGUCAUUGAAGAUAAUUGGCAAUUCAGCGAGGAAGCUCUGAAUAAGGGCAAAUUUUUCCAUCGACAGAAUCAUCGACUGUGCUUAUUGGCCAAGACUUCAGAAUGAAGAAAGAGCACAGACUGAGCGACGGAAUCAUGGGCAAGAGCAUAGAAGGUGGAUACGUCAAUCACGCACUGAGCGAGUCCCAACUCGAUCUAGGCCCGCAUCACAACGGCCUACCGACCCGCCAUACCCACUACACCAACGCCUACACCAAUGGCUCGUCCGAUUUUGUCUUGCUGGAGGACCCGACGUCGGUUGCCGCAACGGCGGGCGUCGACGAUCAUCGAGUCGUGAUCAAGGGCGGCUGCAGCGACGACACCAACAGCAGCAACAGCACGUCCAGCACGAAGGAGCGACUGUCGGCCAUCGGCAAUUACGGUAGGCGGCAGUGGGGCCGGCUGAGCCGGGCCUGCAACCGCAAGACCCUGUACAAGAGGCUGCCGGUGCUGAACUGGCUGCCGCGGUACAACGGGCAGGACGCGCUCGGCGACCUGGUGGCCGGCGUCACCGUCGGCCUCACCGUCAUACCCCAGUCGCUGGCCUACUCGAGCGUGGCGGGUCUGCCGCCCCAGUACGGCCUCUACGGCAGCUUCCUCGGCUGCUUCCUCUACAUCCUGUUCGGCUCGUGCAAGGACGUGCCGUUCGGCCCGACGGCCAUCGUGUCGCUGCUCACCUACCAGACGGUCAACCACCUGGACAGUCCGCAUCUGCACGCGAUCCUGCUCUGCUUCAUCGCCGGCCUGGUCGAGCUGCUCAUGGGCGCCUUCGGGCUGGGCUUCCUCAUCGACUUCGUCUCGGGCCCGGUGAGCUCGGGCUUCACCUCGGCGGUCGCCCUCAUCAUCGUCACGUCGCAGGUCAAGGACGUGCUGGGCAUCAAGGCCUCGGGCACGACCUUCAUGGAGAUGUGGUCGAGCAUAAUCGAUCACGCCUCGGAGGCCAAGCUGUACGACGCGUCGCUCGGCCUCUCCUGCAUCGCUUUGCUCCUCGUCCUGAGAAUGGUGGCCUCGCUGUCCUUCGGCACCGAAGAGCAGCAGCGCCACAGCACCCCCUACAAGAUCCUCAACAAAUGCCUCUGGCUCAUGGGCACCUCGAGGAACGCGCUGCUCGUCGUCAUUUGCGGCUGCAUCGCCUACAGCUUCCCCGUGGGCCAAUCGCCCUUUAAUCUGAUUGGUGACAUUCCAAGCGGCAUGCCGGCCGUGCAGCUUCCGCCUUUCGGCUACACCAAGGACGACAACACGACCGUGUCGCUCUGGACGAUGUGCGAGAAUCUCGGCAGCGGCAUAAUCGUCGUGCCGCUCAUAUCCCUCAUGGAGGACAUCGCCAUAUGCAAGGCCUUCGCCAACGGCAAAUCGGUCGACGCCACGCAGGAGCUCAUCGCCAUCGGGGCCGCCAACAUCGGCAACUCCUUCGUCCAGGCGUUCCCCGGCAGCGGCUCCUUGAGCAGGUCGGCCGUCAACAAUGCCUCGGGCGUGCGCACUACCCUCGGAGGAGUUUACACCGGUAUCCUGGUGAUACUAGCUCUGUGCUUCCUGACCCCGUAUUUUUUCUUCAUACCCAAAGCUGCACUGGCUGCCAUCAUCAUCGCCGCUGUCAUUUUCAUGGUCGAAGUCAAGGUCAUCAAACCCAUGUGGAGAACCAAGAAAACGGACUUGGUGCCGGGCAUCAGUGCCUUCGUCUUCUGCCUGUUGCUGCCACUGGAGAUCGGCAUCGGCCUCGGCGUCGCCAUCAACAUCCUGUUCAUCCUGUAUCACGCGGCGCGGCCCAAAAUCGACGCGGAGAAGAUGAGGUCGCGGCAGGGGAUCGAGUACCUCAUGCUGACGCCGGAUCGCUGCCUCAUCUUCCCGUCGGUCGACUACGUGCGCAACCUGGUGACCAAGUACGGGAGGCGAGAGGCCGGCGAGACUAUGCCGGUGGUGAUCGACUGCAGCCACGUAUUCGGCGCAGACUACACGGCCGCCAAGGUCAUCGAGAGCCUCAUUCGGGACUUCAGCUCUCGCGGUCAGAGCCUCUUCUUCUACAACCUCAAGCCGUCCGUCUACGCCGUGUUCGAGGGCGUCGAGCCCGCCGACUUUGUCUGUUAUUAUACUCAAGAGGCCCUCGACGAGCUGUUCAAGGAGCGCGAGAGCAAUCACGAGGUGCGGCGAAACUUCAAGGAGGUGCCCUAACACUUUGAGCUUCGACUGGAUUAUUAUUCCGAGAAUGACGUCCACAACGAAAAUCCUACUUCUUCGAUCACAUUGACGAUCAUGAUGAUUGAAUAACGUAAUUUUAAAUAUUAUAAAUUAAUGUAUGUAUGUGUCAGAGUAUGUUUUUUGUGCCUGUGUCUGUGUUAUUUUAAUGAUUUGUAACUGUCCGUGUUCUUUAAGAACCAGCGUGCGUAUGUAUGCUUAUGUUCGUUAAUGUUAUGUCACAAUCGCGUUGCAUUUACUGAUACAUUUAUACAUGCCUAUAUAUUUAUCCUCAAUUUUUGUAUGAGCAACUCCUCGAUACGCGUGCGUGACUAUUGCGAGCGUGAAUCAGUAUACAUUCUAGGCUAAUUAACAAACUAGAACAAUCAUUUACUUUUUUUCAAACUAUCGUUUUUUUUUUAAUACGAAGAAACAAAAAUCCUCUUCGAGAGUAUUGACGCAUUGUUCGCUUUAGUAGGUAAAUUACAUCACAACUAGUUUCAUCAACAAUUUUAAUUUUUCCAUCAUCUAGCGCAUAAGUUAUUUUACUCGUAUGCAGACUGGUUUUAAAAAUUGUCGAUUGAUUAUUUAAAACGAGUUUUCAUCAUUUAAUGUCUAAGCUCACAUGGUACAUAUA